AUGGCGGAUCAGAACACUGUCAAGGAGGCUGAGGCCUCCAUGGCCAACCUGCAGCUUGACUCUGUCACUGGCGAAAUGGUCUCCAAGUCGGAAUUGAAGAAGCGCCUGAAGCUCCGCGAGAGGGAAGCCAAGAAGAAGGAGAAGGUGGCUGCCGCUCCUCCCAAGGCCCAGAAGAAGACUUCUGCGGAGGAAGAAGAGGCCAAUUUGACUCCCAAUCAAUACUUUGAAAUCCGAAGCAAGAGGGUCCAGAAGAUGUUUGAGACCAAGAACCCAGACCCCUACCCCCACAAGUUCCAGGUCACUACCGAUCUUCGCGAUUUUCUCAAGGAUUACGACAGCCUCAAGAAGGGCGAGGAGAAGCCAGAUGUUCCCAUCCGACUUGCUGGUCGUGUUUAUACCAAGCGCGCGUCCGGUCCCAAGCUCAUCUUCUACGACCUGCGUGCCGAGGGCAAGAAGGUCCAGGUCAUGUGCCAGGCUCAAAAUGCCACUGGCGGCGUCCCAUUCGAGCAGCAGCAUGAGCACCUCCGCCGAGGUGACAUUAUUGGUGUGGUUGGAUACCCCGGUCGUACUUCGCCCAAGAACCGUGACGAUGGCGAGCUUUCCAUUUUCGCUUCAGAGGUCGUGCUUCUCGCCCCAUGCUUGCACGCCAUUCCCUCGGAGCACUACGGAUUCCAGGAUAAGGAGCUUCGCUUCCGUCAGCGCUACUUGGAUCUUAUCAUGAACGACAGCACCCGCGAAGUGUUCCGCACUCGCGCCAAGAUUAUCAGUUACAUCCGAAACUUCUUGGACAACCGCGACUUCACUGAGGUUGAGACCCCGAUGAUGAACCAAAUUGCGGGAGGAGCUACUGCCAAGCCCUUUGUUACUCAUCACAAUGAUCUGGAUCAGAAGGUACGUCGCCAAUUCCAUCCCGUAAAUCGGAUGUACAUGCGCAUUGCUCCCGAGCUUUACUUGAAAAUGCUUAUCGUCGGUGGUCUUGAGCGUGUGUAUGAGAUGGGCCGCCAGUUCCGCAAUGAGGGCAUUGAUCUUACCCACAACCCUGAGUUUACUACCUGCGAGUUCUACUGGGCUUACGCCGAUUACAACGAUGUGAUGGACCUGACCGAGGAGCUUGUCUCGGGCUUGGUGAAGCACGUCACCGGUGGCUACGAAACCAAGUUCACCACUCAAAGUGGCGAGGAGUACAACAUUAACUGGAAGGCUCCUUGGCGCCGUAUUGAGAUGAUCCCCGGUCUCGAGGAAGCUACAGGAGAGACCUUCCCUCCCGCAGACCAGCUUCACACUGCUGAGACGGGCGAGUUCCUUAAGCGCGUUCUUAAGAAGAUGAACGUCGAAUGCACACCCCCAUUGACAAAUGCCCGCAUGUUGGACACCUUGGUCGGAGAAUUCCUGGAGAGCACUUGCAUCAACCCAACCUUCAUUAUGAGUCAUCCCGAAAUGAUGUCUCCUCUCGCCAAGUACCACCGCAGCAAGCCUGGUCUCUGCGAGCGUUUCGAGGCCUUCGUUGCCACUAAGGAGAUUUGCAACGCAUACACCGAGUUGAACUCCCCCGCUGUCCAGCGUGAGCGCUUCGAGGAGCAGGCACGCCAGAAGGAGCAAGGCGAUGACGAGGCUCAAUUGAUUGAUGAGAACUUCUGCGCGUCUCUCGAAUAUGGACUGCCUCCCACUGGUGGCUGGGGUAUGGGCAUUGACCGCUUGGUGAUGUUCCUUACCAACAACUACAGCAUUAAGGAGGUGCUGGCCUUCCCCAUGAUGAAGGAGGACAAGACUGCGCACCACGGCAAGUCUGUCCUGGAAGCCGCGAGCAGCAAGCCCCAGCCAGAGGAGGGUGACCCCAACUAA